AUGGCGCGAGUGUGGAUCACUCGUCUUCAACCUCUGGAGCGCGUGGGCGACAGUGCUGAAUCUUCAGGCGGCGCGUGUGGGCUACCUCCGUCUCCGAUCAAGCUGAGUUUUUGCACCAGGGAGUUCGUAUGGAUGAGAUCUACACUGUGGAAUGAUCAAAACUGGUUUUUGACAACUUUGAAAAUUCGGAUAUCUCCCAAAACACUUCUGUUUUUUAACGAACGGGGCUCUGAUACCAAUUGUGGCUGGUGGCUGGCGGCUGGUGGCUGGCGGCUGGGCGGCUGGUCGCUGGACAGUGACAGCUGGUGGCUGCCUUCCUUGACCUUCUGGAUUGAGUUUACUUCAACAUUUGCAAAGCUGAUAGGUUGUUAUGUUGUUGGAAGUGCUGGAAGUAAAGAAAAGGUUGAACUAUUGAAGACCAAGUUUGGAUUUGAUGAUGCUUUCAAUUAUAAAGAGGAGCAUGACUUGGAUGCAGCCUUGAAAAGGUACUUCCUUGAAGGCAUCGACAUUUACUUUGAGAAUGUUGGAGGAAAAAUGCUUGAUGCUGUCCUUCUAAACACGAGACACCAUGGCCGUAUUGCUUUGUGUGGAAUGAUCUCUCAAUACAAUCUCGAGCAGCCUGAAAGUGUGCAGAACUUAAUCGCUGUACUCUUUAAGCAGAUCCGGAUGGAAGGGUUUGCGGUUUACGAGUACUAUGACCAAUACUCCAAGUUCUUGGAUUUUGUUCUGCCGUAUAUUAAAGAAGGGGAGAUUGUUUAUGUGGAAGACAUAACUGAAGGACUCGAGAGUGGCCCUGCUGCAUUCAUAGGCCUAUUCAGCGGCCGAAAUGUAGGCAAGCAAGUAGUGAAAGUUGCUCAGGAGUGAUCAGUCUCCCUUUACAUGUCCUCUUGCCAAUGCCAUUGCUUGUCAUACAUGCUUCAUAUGGUACUGUGUCAAUACUAGCAAGUAGAGAAGGUUUCCAAUGAGCGAUCGGCCU